AGAAAUUCAGUUUUGCUAUGACCGUUGGCUGGUAGACAGUGGUAGACAGGCUCGAUCGGCUCGUGAGAUAGUCUCAAGAAACUUUUGACCCUUUCGACGGUCUCUUCGACUUGUCGCGAAACAAUAAUUUCUUUCCUCCUCAUCUUUACGGUGGAUUAACGCGCCAUGGAAUUUCGCACAUUUGUCAUGAUACUCUUGUGUGCAUCAUCGUACGCCGAAGAAAAGUCUAAAAGUACCAAACCGGUUGUUAACGAUAACGAGCCCGUACGAACGGAAGAGCCUCCCGAGGGAUAUUACGCGUUCAUCGAAUCACCGAAUGCAGAACCACCAAGAGUUCGGCCACCGCCCUACAUCGACAGUGAUAAAGAAUGUUACGGUAGCGAUAAGCAUGGACAAGGAUUCGUUUCGAUACACAAUAUCUGCGGAGAUUUGAACAAGGGCUACAUUCCGCGGAAUCCAAUGAAUCAAUAUGUAAACGGCUCGUCGUAUCCCUUCGCACUGAUAAAGAAUCAUACACUCAAGUUUCUCAGCAAGGCGUUACCGAUCCUCAAGGCUGACGAUUCGUUACCAAAGGUCGCCAAAGUGCAUCCAUUGUCGCAAAAUUCCGUCGACACGGAUGAAGAAGAGAAAGCAAAAGAUAGAAGCAAAAGAUCUAGUCCAUUGGAUUCGACUUUAAUCGCGGAAUCGAAACGAAAUGGUCGCAAGUUUUGUGAAAAUGGUAGCGGUGUAGUGUGCAUGUUGUAUAAAGCGAUCCAAGGUGAGCCGAUGACAUCGUCGGCAUCGGUGAUCGAACGUCGGGAUGAACCUUCGACAUCGUCGGAUUAUCGACGAGGAGAACGCGUACCGUCGCAGGAGAAAAGCGAGUACACGGGCCCACCGACACCGUGUCCAGCCAAAGUCGAGUACGCGACUCCAGUUUUCGCCAAGAAUUACCAAGGUGUCUGGAGAUACGUCGUACAGAUACCUUACGAAGGUUACUUUACGCAGACGAUCGAGCUCACCAGAUGCAUGCAAUCGAGAUGUCAUUAUUUGGAUGGUGGAUGCUUAUCGUCACCGAGAUGGACGAGUCUGUUGGUCGCUGAAAUAUUUUAUCCAGACACGUUCUUAGAGGAGAAUCAAGGGACUGAUUCCGGUAUCGGAUCUGCUACUCGAGAUCCAGUCGCCGGCUCACCGCCACCGGUUCACGAUUUUCAAAAUUAUCAGCAAUAUUUGCAAAAACGCGCGAGCACGGGAGAGGCGCGUAACAAUAAUGGCGGUGCUCAGCAACAUCACUGUGACGGUGUCGACGAAAUGGGUUGCUUCCAAGUACGGUUAUACUACGACUGGUUCUUGGUACCGGGAAGCUGCAAAUGCUGGCGACCGGAUUAUUUUAAUCGAUACGUCCGCCGCAGCGGUUCCAAUGUCGAAUUAUGAUGAGUUCUAUUUAAACAUGUUUUACGUUUCAACAAGAUAUCAAAUAUCAUGUCGCUUUACACGCGACGAUUAUUUCAAUCAUCGCUACCCGAGCAAGUUGGAGCGAUUUAUCCAAGUCAUUCCAAAUAUCGCGCAUAGUCAAACACUGGCGCAUUACUUAUACGUUAUCCUUUUCGUUUAUGCGUUAUACUUUACAGGCGCUGUUGAUAAUUAUUCGAUAUUAGUAUUUCUUUAUCACAAUUAAAUGCGAUGAGUUUUCUAGCAUUAAAAUAGUUAAACGAAUAUAUUUGAUUACAUCUUUUAUCGUUGAUACAGCCCCGAUUGCCGAUUGAUAGCAUAACGAGCAUAUACAUCGGUUCAGGUUUAAACGUAUACAAAAAUAUAAUAAUAAAUUUUAUACAUUA